AUAGGACCGGAUCAUCGGGAAUCUUAAGCUUAAGGAGAGUGCUGUAAACGCAUCUGCAAACCAUUUUAUCCACUAUUCACCCCCCCAAAGCUAAAACAAAGUACCUAAACUACCACAUCCAGUCUCGAACACAACAUGCAGAUAUUGAAGUCCGUCGAUGAGAAUGUCAACCUGCUCAUACUUGGAGCCGGUUGGACUUCAACGUUUCUUAUUCCGCUCUUGAAGCGCGAGCAAAUUAAAUAUGCAGCCACAACUAGGAAUGGCCGAGAUGGCACAAUUCCAUUCGAAUUCGAUCCAAGGUCGAGUGACACUGGCCCGUUUGAGAUAUUACCUCUCGCUGAGACGGUGUUAAUAACAUUCCCACUUCAAGGAGAAGGCCAAGCCAAGCAUCUAGUGAGCAUGUAUGAAUCCACACAUCAAAAGCCCGAUAAUUCCAAGCCACACUUUAUACAACUAGGAGCUACAAGUAUUUGGACGGCUCCAAAAUGGCAGGACGAGUCUUCGCCCUAUGAGCGCAACCACUCCCGUGCAAUUGCCGAGGACGAACUAAUGGCGUGUUCGGAGGGAGCUGUGCUGAACCUUGCCGGAUUGUACGGAAACGCCCGGCAGCCUCGGGAUUGGAUAGACCGCGUGGUGAAGUCGAAAUCCGAUCUAAAAGGGAAGGGUGCACUACAUGUCAUCCACGGCGAAGACGUCGCAAGAGCCGUUGUCGCGCUACACCGAAAUUUUACCCCUAAGAAACGCUGGCUCCUGACCGACAUGCAUGUCUAUGACUGGUGGGAUUUGGCACAGGAUUGGGCAAUUCAGACUUUACAGCGUGCUGAAAGCGACAUCGAUCAAGGUGACAUCCCUAUUGCCAAGAUCGAGAGGCAGAGAGAGUUGCUCAAUUGGGUUGGCGAGCUGAUGGUAGAGGAAGGAGUAAAGGCGCUCCCGAGAGAUACGUCGUCGGUAGGGAGAGCACUAGAUGGUAGGGGAUUUUGGAAAACAAUGCGAAUCUGGCCGAUCCAAGGGCGUAUCAGAUAAAACGCGGAUUAUCCUCGAUCCAUGCUUGGAUUAUAUU